GCUCCAAGAAAAUCAGGAUGAGAUUGAAAACAUGAUGAACGCCAUAUUCAAAGGAGUGUUCGUUCACCGAUAUCGUGAUGCGAUAGCAGAAAUCAGGGCGAUCUGUAUAGAAGAGAUCGGAGUGUGGAUGAAACUCUAUAGCGAUGCCUUCCUCAACGACAGCUAUCUGAAGUAUGUGGGCUGGACGAUGCACGAUAAGCAAGGCGAGGUACGUCUGAAGUGUCUGACAGCUCUGCAGGGUCUCUACUACAACAGAGAGCUCAACGCCAGACUGGAGCUCUUCACCAGCCGCUUCAAGGACCGCAUUGUCUCCAUGACUCUUGACAAAGAGUACGACGUUGCAGUACAAGCGAUUAAGCUGCUCACUCUAGUGUUGAAUAGUACAGAUGAAGUGCUGACUCCUGAGGACUGUGAGAGUGUGUAUCACUUGGUCUACUCGGCACACAGGCCCGUCGCCAUCGCAGCUGGAGAGUUCCUCUUUAAGAAAUUGUUCAGCCAGCGAGAACCAGAGGAGGAAGGUGCCCCCAAGAGGAGAGGCAGACAAAGCUCCAACGCCAACCUCAUCAAGACCACUGUCUUCUUCUUCCUGGAGAGUGAGCUCCACGAGCACGCGGCCUACCUGGUGGACUCUCUGUGGGAGUGCGGUCCAGAGCUACUGAAGGACUGGGAGUGUAUGAUCAGCUUACUGCUGGAUGACCCGCUGCCGGGGGAGGAAGCUCUCACGGAGAGACAAGAGACGGCCCUGAUAGAAAUCAUGCUGUGCACUGUACGCCAGGCGGCUGAAUGCCACCCACCUGUUGGGAGAGGAACAGGGAAGAGGGUGAUGACGGCUAAAGAGAAGAAGACUCAGCUGGAUGACAGGACCAGAAUGACGGAGCUGUUUGCUGUGGCUUUGCCCCCUCUGCUGGCCAAGUACGCCAUGGAUUCAGAGAAGAUAACUAACCUCCUUCAGCUGCCUCAGUACUUUGACCUGGACAUUUACACCACAGGACGUCUAGAAAAGCACCUGGAGUCCCUGCUGCGUCAGAUCAGGGAGAUUGUGGAGAAGCACACAGACACUGACGUGUUGGAGGUCUGCUCCAAGACUUACCACGCCCUCUGCAACGAGGAGUUCACCAUCUUCAACAAGGUGGACAUCGCCCGCUCCCAGCUGCUGGAUGAACUGGUGGACAAGUUCAACCGGCUACUGGAGGACUUCCUUCAAGAGGUAGGAGUGACGGGACGCACGUGUUCCUUGAACACGCAUGGUUUUACUCAUCACUCUUCUGGUCCAAUGGGCCUGCCCCUCUAACACUUAUCUACUUAACCACAUCAUAAAUUCACCACCAUGUUUUUCCUUAUUGUUAUGUUUCACCUGAAAAUGUCAACUU